CACAUACAUUUGAAUCAAAGGAUGCCUAGGACCGCAUGACACUUGGGGCCAAGUUCAUCCUAUACUGUAGGGUGACCUUAAAUGUUUGGUACCCCACUCUAUCAUUUUUGAGGAAGGAGAGGGAGUGGGAGUGAAUAUGUAAGCAAAGAAAAGAAAAAAAAGAAGAAAAGUAGGCGAAAAAUAGGGUAGAAAUAAGGGUUGUUUGGUUUUAGAGAAAUAGAGUGAAAAUUAAUUUUUGAGAUCAUUUGAUUUAUUAUUAUUAUUAAAGGGAGAGAGGUUUGAAUAAAUAAAAAAAGAGGGAGACAUAACCAUGGAGAGAGACUCAGUUUUUUGAAAAUUGUGUCAUUUCACCUUUUUUUUUUUUUUUAUCUCAUUUGAGCAAUGAAAGUCAUCUUGUGAGUCUCACUGUUUUUUUAAAAACUUUUCCCCUCUUUCAUCUUAAUUUCACUCUUUUCAACUCUUUUUCACUUUCAUUACUCUAAACCCUUGUAAAUGCAAACCAGGAGUGAGGAGACUUUACAAUGCUAGGAGCCAACCACGAACAAAAUCCAUGGUGAAACCAAACCAUAGACCUCCAUCAAAAGAAAAUACCCACAACAUAUUGUGUUUGGUACUAUGUCUUGUAAUCUAUUAAGAUAAAAAAAAAAACGUAAAAACUAACAAAAUACACAUAAUCUAUAUAUAUUAGCUUCACUCUGCCAUCUUAUAACCUUUGACGCAUGCAACAGAAAACCAACACGGACAUACAAAGCCAAAGAUAUGAAAAAAAACAAGUGUGUUCACGAGAUCUUCCACCUGUAAUCCUUCUUUGAGAACCGUGAUAUUGAUCCAUCUAUAAAAAUUAACUUAAACAACAAAUAACAUGGUAGUUGCACCAUUGUAGUUACUGUAAAGAAUGCUGAACAUCAAGUGAUAUAAAGUGUAGCACUUUGCCCAUGAGAUGAUGAUCAUUGCACUCUAGUUUCAGACUUUAAUACGAUACAUUGGAUGGUUGAUCUAAAUCUAAUGGACGUAAGUUUUCAACCUAACGAAGUUAUGCAGAUUGCAGAUCAAGGGGUUAAAAAUUCGUUUCUGUUUUUGUUUUUUAUUACAUUAUAAACCCUUCUGACCAAGGAAAAGGUGAGACAAAGAAGGGAGUAAAAUUAUAACUAAAACAAAUGGAGCAAUCAGAAUUUCGAAUACACCUAAUGCACAAAGGAGCACAACCUCAGUUUUAAUCUCGUUCUUUUUUUGUUGGGGGUAAAAAACGCAAUUAAGCUUAAAAAAAGUAUACUCAUCAUUUUGUCCCUAUGCAAUUUCUUUAUUAUUUCCUCUUGCACAUGUUUCUUUGGCUCUGUUACUGUGUUACAUGCCUUGUGACUCUUUAACUUUUCUCCACACUUUUUCCUGUUCCUUCUGAGCUUUAUCGUAUUCCUUACCUUGGCUGCUUGGUAUUCCAAACCAAAGCAGAUCCUGCGGACGUCAUAAGAAAAUCUUAUGAAGAUGGAUAUGAUAACUAAUGUUACCGAGUAUGAGGCAAUUGCAAAGGAAAAUUUGCCAAAGAUGGUUUAUGACUUCUAUGCAUCAGGGGCAGAGGAUCAGUGGACUUUGAAAGAGAACCGAAAUGCAUUCUCAAGGAUUCUGUUCCGGCUGCGUAUUCUUGUUGAUUUAAGCAAGAUAGACUUGACUACAACUGUAUUGGGCUUCAAAAUAUCAAUGCCUAUCAUGAUUGCUCCAACAGCCAAGCAAAAGAUGGCUCACCCUGAAGGAGAAUUAGAUACUGCUAGAGCAGCAUCAGCAGCUGGCACAAUCAUGACACUAUCCUCAACUGCUACUUCCAGUGUCGAGGAGGUUGCUUCAACAGGUCCCGGCAUUCAUUUUUUCAACUUUAUAACUCAGUGCUAUAUUGCCAUGGCAAUUGCCCUUACUGUGGACAGUCCAGUUCUUGGUCGUAGGGAGGCUGACAUCAAAAACAGAUUUACAUUGCCGCCAAACAUGGUAUUUAAGAAUUUUGAAAGAUUGGAUCUUGGAAAGCUGGACAAGACUCGUGACUCUGUUGUUACCACUUAUGUUGCUGGACUAUUUGAUCGGUCACUCAACUGGAAGGAUAUCAAAUGGCUCCUUACAAUAACUUCAUUGCCAAUUUUAUUAAAGGGUGUACUUACUGUUGAAGAUACAAGGGUAGCCAUACAAGCUGGAGCUGCUGAGAUCAUUGUUUCCAAUCAAGGAGCUCGGCAACUUGACUAUGCCCCUGCUACUAUUAUGGCUUUGGAAGAGAUUGGUAGACCUGUGAUGUUUUCAUUGGCUGCUGAUGGCGAGGCUGGUGUAAGAAAAGUACUUCAAAUGCUUGUUGAUGAGUUAGAAGUAACUAUGGCACUAAGUGGUUGUCAUUCACUCAAGGAGAUAUAACGCGUGACCAUGUUGUCACAAAAUGGGAUCGUCCAAGAUUUAUUCCCAUGGCAGGAUAUCACCUUGUUAAGCUAUAUUCUAAGAUAGGAAUUGUAGAAUAACCUUUUAUCUUAUUUCAUGCUUCAAUGGAAAACUUUGUUGUUACAAUGAGUCUUGCAUUAGCCAUCCAUUAAUAAUUUCUACUUCUUUAUUUUCAUUUCUUGGCAAAAA